AUGACUAUUGCAUCUAAUGUGAAAGGAUUCUAUUCUGCUGUCCGUCUAUCACCUCCUGCCACAUCUCUUUAUAUAACAGCUGGGGCCUUCCCUUAUGUUGGUUUUGUCUUUUAUGCUGAAGAGGGAAGUAUGCAACCAAUAUUAUCUGAUGUUGCUUAUGCUGUUGCUAGCAAACUCAAAUCUGCCUUUGUAUCAGCUGCCAGUGGUUUACUUGGCUUUGGAUCAGAAAGCAAAGAGAAAAAGAAACCCAGAAUAGAACAAGCUACCACGUUACCAUUACGAUUUGGUUUACCUGAUAAAAGAAGACAUGGAGAAAGUAUUGUGUUGUCCCCAAACAACUCCUAUGCGGCCACAACUGACAGUUAUGGCAGAAUCAUCCUUAUUGAUGUACAUCGAGGUAUUGGAGUCAGAAUGUGGAAAGGUUAUCGAGAUGCUCAAAUUGGUUGGGUGCAAGUAAAAGAAGAGAAAAGUCAUUCCUUGUUAUUUUUUGCACCUCGAAGAGGGAUUCUUGAAGUAUGGACUGCAGUUAAUGGUCCUCGUGUGGCUGCAUUCAACGUGAGCAAAAGUUGUCGUCUAAUUUGUCCUGGCUAUGGCAUGAUGGGGCUCAAUAAUGUCACAAGUCGGGACACCAAGAAUAGAACAUUCCAAGUUGCACUCAUUGAUACAAAUGGACUAAUCAAAACAAUUGAUGUGCCUUUUCAUCUUGCCCUCAGUGACAAGAGUAGCAAAAGAGCCCGGGAUUUACACUUGCUUAAAAAAUUGAAAACUAUUUUGAAGGAUAGCACAGAAGAAUCGGAAACUGUAAAAAGUACUGUGAAAGAUAUCUUACUGGAUAUGAAAAUAGCAAGUAUUGCCCAACAGGGAGUUGAACGUGUACUGAAUACUAAAUAUCUGUCCACUAAUGUGAUGCGGUUCAUCAUUAAAUCCUGCAUAAAACAACUCAGUGGAAAAGCCGAAGAAACAUUAGAUAUUGACAGCCGCCUGUUCCUGCAAUUCUGCCAAUCGCAGGAUCAGCUUUUGCGGACUUACAGUCUAUUGGAUAAAAUCAAUUGUACAUGCCAGCCGCCCAAAGAAAUAGAAUUUUUAGAACAGUGUUUAAUGAGUCUAUUGUCAUGCACCAAAUCUGAAACUGAACACAUCCUCAGACAGUUGCAUGCUUUUCGUUCCGGUGAUGACUGUAUGCCGCUGUCCGAGCAUCGAUUUGUUACAUUUAAUGAGCAACAAAUGACCAUAACAAGUUUCCUCAGUUGCUUCGAGUGUCCGAUUCACUUGCAUGAGAACCAAUCCGAUAGUCCAAAUUCAUCCCUUGAUGCAACAAGUGAGGCACCCUCAACCAACAUGCCUGUUGUCUCACAAAUCAAGAAAAUUACUGAUGACAAAAAAUCUGCUCUGAGUUAUCUAUUCUAUGACCAAUGUUUAUCUGGUAAAGUUGGACCUGAAGACCUAAGUCUUGUAUUACAAGAUAGUACCCUUUCUCCUGAACAUCUCAUGGACCUGUUACAACACUAUUGGCUGUCAAAUGAUAACAGAAGUAUUGAAACUCAAGUUCCCAAUCUCCAUCAUGUAAUCACUGUUAUUACAGCUAUGACUGACACCAGUGAUGUUAUAACAAGUGUUGAUUCAGUCUCUCCCUGGUGGGAAAAGGUACGUGAAGCUUGUGCCCAGUCAACAUGCGCCAAAGCCGCCUACAUUUUAGCAUUGACUGCCCGAGGUGUUGCCAUGGAAAUGAUGAUCAACAAAAACAAAGCCAAGGACCCUGACGCUGAUACAAGUACUGCAGAUAAGCUUGACAACAGUAUAUCAGAGUGGGAGGAUGUCAGUGUGGACAUUGAAAAGUGGAAUGUUCUCAUUCGUCAACUGGAAGAUGUCUUGGCUCUGAAUUGCCUCCUGAAGUUGAAGAUCCCUCCCGCAAAGAAUGCUGCUGUUUCUGCUACACCCUCAUCUGACCUAUUAAUGGUGUCUGUUCGACAUUUACUUGAUGGAGGAAGAGGCUCUAUUCCAGAAGUUGUGGCAAAAUAUGUAAGCAGAGCCAAAUUUUCCCAUGAAGCCCUUAAUUAUCCCCGAGGAAAACUGUCCACUGAUGCUAUCGAGAUUGGGGAAGAACCAGCUGAACAAUUACAUGUUAAAUUUGAGGAAAGAUUUUUAGGCCAGUUGGAUGUACUACAAGGCAAGUUUCCUCAUAGCCUUGACAAUGAUGUUUUAUUGGCAAACUGUUGCUGGGAAUACAUUGUUCUGUGGAAUAAAGACCUUGAGCAAUACCAAUAUUUGCAGAGUUCUUUAGAUUACCUCAAUGCUAUACAGAAUGCGGUGCUACGUCAAGGUCUUGGAAGUAUGCUGUGGCAGAUGUUUAUUGUGAAACGCUUGUCAGCUGCUGCUUAUCUCAUGGAGAAGGUUGGUAAAUCUCCCAAGGAUAGGUUGUGUCGAAAAGAAAUUGGUACAAGUGAUACAGUAUUGGUUCAUUUCAUUGGUUUAACCAGCUAUCUGCUGGGAAUUUUGAUGA